AUGGAUUUUAUCGGCACACUCACUCUUGCCAUUAACUGGUUUACUCAAUACUCAGUCCUUAACGACAAUGUCAGUAAGGCUGCUACUGAUCGUAUGUCAGCCGACAUGGCUUUUGAGCUCCGCCGACACCAAGCAAAUAUUGCCGUGUUCUCGCUGUGGCCAGGUGCAGUGCAAACAGAGACCAUUCAAGCGCUAAUUGAUUCGAAUGCUGAAAUUGGGUCUAUCUUUGAUGGUUAG